AUGCCCCUACCCUACAUCUCGAAUGGAAUACGAGCUAGAACGCGACCUCUUAUCUCCGCAAUCACCUGUCAGCGACGCGCGUACAAUGUUGCCGUCGUCGGAGGUGGCAUCACCGGUCUGACAGCCGCGUGGAAACUUAUGCGAGACCCCAAAUGCACCGGCAUCACACUCUACGAAAAAUCACACAAAUUUGGCGGAUGGAUGGAAUCGGAGGAAAUUCCUGUCGGUGACGGCAAAGUGGUGUUCGAGUAUGGCCCACGCACAUUGAAAUGGACGUCGACAACAGGAGAGUGCAUGAUGGAUAUGGCUGACUCAAUUGGACUGGGCGAUCAAGUAAUCUUCACACCCAAAUCGGCAUCGGCGGCAAUGAAUCGGUAUAUCUACUAUCCCGAUCAUCUCGUUCGUUUGCCUGGGCCCAUCCCCGGUUUGAGCUACAUGCAGAAUUUGGCAAAUGCUUUUCGAUCAUUCAUACAGGAGCCUUUACUCAGACCAAUAAUUCCGGCCGUUUUAUUUGAACACAUCAAGCCUGCUCGCAUGCCCGACCAAUGGCAGAAAGAUGAAUCCGUCUCACAUUUUAUAUCACGUCGUUUUAACUCCCAGGUUGCAGACAACAUUGUCUCCGCAGUGAUGCAUGGUAUUUAUGCAGGAGAUAUUGAUAAACUGAGCGCCCAAACUCUACUAGGUCCUAUGCGCAACCUCGAAGGCAGCGGCAUUAUGUAUAGUAUGAUCAUGAGGGCAUGGAAUCGCACAAAAUCCUUGCCGAUGGAUGAUUCUCUGAUUGCCGAGGAGACAAGGUUGAGCAAUUCGGGAACUACGAUUGUCCGAAGGCUCCCAGGGCUCUGCGGAAUGGGUAGCUACGCUAGUACUUUUACUUUCAAAGGUGGGACACAGCAGCUCAUCGAUGGGCUUGUUUCCGCCUUAAGAAAAUCGGACAAGGUCAAUGUCAAGACCCAGGCGGAUAUAAAAACGAUCUCACACCAGCCGGGAAGCUACAGUCCUAUGGAGAUCUCUACCUCGGAAAGCCUGGAAGUCUACGACCAUGUCAUCGCUGCCAUCCCCGCCCCUGCACUGACCAAAAUCCUCGCCGCACCCCCUAAAUCGACGAACCACCCUAAGAUUACGGGACGUUCUAGCCCGAAGCUGCCAAGUGAUACGAUCCAGAAACUCAAGUCAUUCGAUUAUGCUACCACUGUGAUGGUUGUCAAUCUUUAUUAUUCCAACCCCAACCUUCUUUCCAUCAGUGGUUUCGGAUACCUCAUCCCGCGCUCCACGCCGGCUAGCGAGAACCCGGAGUGUGGACUGGGUGUUAUAUUCGCUACUGACUCCAGUUCCGGCGAGGAAUUAGGGGAAUGCGAAGAAGCCGGCGACGGCUCAUGGACGAUUAGAAGGCAGCCCGUCUCACAGGACACUGCCAAAGGUACCAAACUGACCGUGAUGAUGGGUGGUCACUACUGGGACCAUUUUAGACCCGGCGACUAUCCAGACCAUGAAACUGCCGUCAGCAUGGCAUGCAAAAUGCUUGAGCGGCAUCUUGGUGUCACGGAGAAGCCUGCUAUUGCGCGAAGCCGACUGCAACAGGAUGCCAUCCCUCAAUAUACCGUGGGUCACCUGGACCGCAUGUAUGAGCUGUCUAAGACGGUAAAGCGUGACUUUGACCAGAGACUUGUCCUCGCUGGAAACUGGUACAACGGAGUCGGUGUCGGGGACUGUAUCAAACAGGGCAUUAUGGCUGCAACGUAUGGUGUCGGGUUCAAACUUCCACCUAGGGCCGAGCUGAGACGUGGAGAUUCCUUCGUCGUCCAUGAUCAUCAUUUGUCAUUUGACUACGAGAACUGGGACAUGCAAGGUGGUAUACCUACAGCGCCAGUCCGGAUCGUGGAUGUGGAGCCUCGAUAA